AUUCGGCUCGCCGUUCGGCCGGGACCCGCGCAGCGCCAGUGACUCGGGGAGUCGGUCCCCGCCUCCUCCCUGCCCGGGCCUAGAACCACCCCAAACCCGAGAGGCCGGAGACGGAGCUGGAGCGGCUGCCGCAUCCCGGCCCAGAUUCCCCCACCAUCCCUCCCCGCCCCGCUGGACAUCUGGACCCUGGGCCCCGCACCGACUGGGUUCCGGAAACCCUCCCCGCCCAGCUCGGCUGCCCGGCCUCGCGCCGCCGGCUCUGCAGAGCCCCCAGCCCUCCCCCAGACCAGACUUCCGCCUACCCCUGGACGCCCCCUCCCUGUUCCCUCGCUCCCCCCCUCCCCCAGCCUGGAGCGGGGUAGGAGGGAGGGGGGGUGUGCGCCCUGCGCCGUCCCCGCCCCGCCCCCCGUGAUUCCCCCUGCAUGGCCGGCCCGGGUGGGGGGUGCGGGGGGGCCCGGGCGUCAUGCGGGGGGGGCACAAGGGGGGUCGCUGUGCCUGUCCCCACGUGAUCCGAAAAGUGCUGGCAAAAUGCGGCUGCUGCUUCGCCCGGGGGGGUCGUGAAUCCUAUUCCAUUGCUGGCAGUGAGGGGAGUAUCUCAGCUUCAGCUGCUUCGGGUCUGGCUGCCCCCUCUGGCCCCAGCUCUGGCCUCAGCUCUGGCCCCUGUUCCCCGGGCCCCCCAGGGCCAGUCAGUGGCCUGAGAAGAUGGUUGGAUCAUUCCAAACAUUGUCUCAGUGUGGAAACUGAGGCAGACGGUGGCCAGGCUGGACCAUAUGAGAACUGGAUGCUGGAACCAGCUCUAGCCACAGGAGAGGAGCUGCCAGAACUCACCCUGCUGACCACAUUGUUGGAGGGCCCUGGAGAUAAGACACAGCCACCUGAGGAGGAGACUCUGUCCCAAGCCCCUGAGAGUGAGGAGGAACAGAAGAGGAAGGCUCUGGAAAGGAGUAUGUAUGUCUUGAGUGAACUGGUAGAGACAGAGAAAAUGUAUGUGGACGACUUGGGGCAGAUUGUGGAGGGUUACAUGGCCACCAUGGCUGCUCAGGGGGUCCCGGAGAGUCUUCGAGGCCGUGACAGGAUUGUGUUUGGGAACAUCCAGCAAAUCUAUGAGUGGCAUCGAGACUAUUUCCUGCAGGAGCUACGGCGGUGUUUGGAGGAUCCUGAUUGGCUGGCUCAGCUAUUCAUCAAACACGAGCGCCGGCUGCAUAUGUACGUGGUGUACUGUCAGAACAAGCCCAAGUCAGAGCACGUGGUGUCAGAAUUUGGGGACAGCUACUUUGAGGAGCUCCGGCAGCAGCUAGGGCACCGCCUACAGCUCAACGACCUCCUCAUCAAACCAGUGCAGAGGAUCAUGAAAUACCAGCUGCUGCUCAAGGAUUUUCUCAAAUAUUAUAGUAGAGCUGGGAUGGAUACUGAAGAGCUGGAGCACGCUGUGGAGGUCAUGUGCUUUGUACCCAAGCGCUGCAAUGACAUGAUGACCCUGGGGAGACUUCGGGGGUUUGAGGGCAAACUCACUGCUCAGGGGAAGCUCUUGGGCCAGGACACAUUCUGGGUCACAGAGCCCGAAGCUGGGGGGCUGCUGUCCUCCCGGGGUCGAGAGAGACGUGUCUUCCUCUUCGAGCAAAUUGUCAUCUUCAGUGAGGCCCUGGGAGGAGGAGUCCGAGGAGGCUCCCAGGCUGGAUAUGUGUACAAGAGCAGCAUCAAGGUGAGCUGCCUGGGACUGGAGGGGAACCUCCAAGGUGACCCUUGCCGCUUUGCACUGACCUCCAGAGGGCCAGAGGGUGGGAUCCAGCGCUAUGUCCUGCAGACUGCAGACCCUGCAGUGAGUCAGGCCUGGAUCAAGCAAGUGGCUCAGAUCCUGGAAAGCCAGCGAGACUUUCUCAAUGCAUUGCAGUCACCCAUUGAGUAUCAGAGACGAGAGAGCCAGACCAAUAGCCUGGGGCGGCCAGGAGGGCUUGGGGUGGGGAGUCCUGGGAGAAUUCGGCCUGGAGACCGGGCCCAGGUCAGCACACAUGCACCCAUCAAUGGCUCUCUCCCCUCCCUGCUGCUGUUGCCCAAAGGGGAGGUGGCCAGAGCCCCCCUGCCCCUGGACACACAGGCCCUCAGUGACAUCCCCCGGGCUCCUCGUGACUCUCCCCCAGCUCCACCAAUUCCAAACACCCCUCCCUGCCAAGCCAGACUUGCCAAGCUGGAUGAAGAUGAGCUCUAAGUGGUGAAGGCCUGGGGUGGUGCUGACCCAGCCACCCCAUUUCCCGAGGAACUUCAGGGCAAUCCUUCUGACACCACCUCGGAAUUCCUUCUUCAUGUGUCUGGCGGGGGGAGGGGGGGCGGUGGCAAGGCUGGGAGUGGUGUUGACUUGGAGGAGGAUUCCUAGACUCAGAAGGACUUCUUUCUGCUUAAGGAACACAGGUUCCUUCAGCUCCCACCCCUACGCAUGCAUCACAGGUCCCCCCAAAAGGAGGAUAUGUGGGUGGGUGGGAGGGCUGGGGCAGGGGCCAGAUAAAAAUGAUUGGUUUUGAUUUUGAUUUUUUUUUUUUUCAGUUUUCUGAGAUUAAAGGUUUUGUGAUAUCACU